AUGCCCAGAAAUUAUGUGCGCAAUACCAAUAAUACGUCGUACCCAAAAGAAAAAUUAUUAGAGGCUGUUAAAGCAGUGAAAAGUGGGAAAUUGUCUGGGUAUCAGGCCUCUAAGCAUUAUGGAAUACCCAGACCCACCAUAAUAAAUCGAGUAUAUGAUCGUAAAGGCCUUAAAUCGAAUACCUUGGGAAGAGCCGCUAUCUUAUCUCGGGAAAUAGAAGAAGAUCUUGUAAAAAACCUGCGUGACAUGGAGAAGCAUGGUUUCGGACUGACAAGGAAAGAAUUAUUAGAGACAGUGGGUCAGUAUGUAUCAAAUAAUAACAUUAAAAAUCCAUUUAAAAAUGGCGUGCCUGGGGAAGAUUGGUUUCUUGCAUUUAAAAAAAGGCAUAAUCUUUCAAUUAAGAAACCACAGCCGGUGGAAUAUGCGAGAAAACAGGCAUGUAGCCCGUAUAUUAUAUAUCCCUACUUUAAUUUACUGGAACAGGCACUAACAGAACUUAAAUUACUAGACAGACCAUCUCACAUAUGGAAUGUCGACGAAACAAGCUUUUCAAAAGAUCCUUCUAAGUCAAAAGUAGUAGGAAUUAAAGGAUUUACUUCGACGAGAACAAUCGCUUCUCCUGGAAAGGAUAAUAGCACCGUCCUAUUAGGCUGUAACGCUCUUGGAGAGAAAACUCCACCGCUAAUAGUGUUCAAGGGGAAAAAUGUAUGGGACGAAUGGACAACAGACGACGGGUAUCCUGGGACAGCAUAUGCGGCAACCAGUAAUGGCUGGAUGGAGACUGCGGUUUUCGAAAACUAUUUCGAAAAAGUUUUUUUAAAAACAGUAGGACCAAAACGUCCCAUCCUUUUGAUAUUCGACGGGCACGCAACACAUGUUGGUAUAAAUCUUAUGAAAAAGGCUAGAGAAGCUGAAAUUACAAUUUUAAAAUACCUCCCCAUACCAGCCAUCUUUUACAACCACUAG